AUGCAUGAUGGCAGCGACUUCAAAGCGUACGGUUUCUUUCAUGAUGACAUCUCGUGCGAUCAGGAAAAUGCAGCCGUUGCUACCGAGAGGCAGCGCGCCUGCUACCGUCUUUCCCUGCCGACAUCUUGCACGGUCAUUGCCGCAUCUCUGUUGCUGGCGACGGCAGUGAAGUCACUGGUUAUCGCUGCUGCGUACCACGGCGGCGUUCUUGAGAGCGAAUGCUGCGUCCCGCAACACAGAGUGCUAGCUGGACUACUGGUCGGGAUAAUGGAGCUUUUAUUGUUCUUCUCAUCUGGACUCUGGCUCUGUGCAGCGGUCAUUAGGCACAACGUGUCGGCAUUAUUCGUGCCACCGUUUGUGAUGCUUAUGUUACUGGCGGCCGUGAACGUCACGUUGGCCGUGCUGAUGUUGGUGUCAGGCGUGUGGCUGGAUGUCUUCGUAAGGGCCGUCAUCGCAUUUGUUGUUGACCAGCAGUUGCUGAUGGAGGGACUGACCGAGCGACCGCCUCCCGCCGUGUUGCUCGGAGUGUCGCUCCAUCCUGACUCGCCUGUCCGGGAAUUGACAGUUUAG